CGUGGAGUAGCGUUCAGCAGGAAGAAGCCAGGCAGGGUACUGACGGCUGCUGAUUCUGGGGCUGGUGAGGAAAUCAAGGACAAUCCUCACCAUGGACCCACCAUCAACAAGCCAGGCCUCCCAAGCCCAGCCUGAAGCCCCAUCCCCACUAGUCUCCUACCGCUGGCACACAGGGGGCAGUGGGGAGAAGAGGACUGGAGGGUCCCACUGGGGCCGCCUUGCGGGCUGGGGGAGGGCACUGAGCCACCAGGAACCCAUGGUCAGCAGCCAGCCGACCCAGCCGGCCCGGCGCUCGCUGUUCCGCCGGGUCUUCUCUGCGCCCCCCAAGGAGUCACGCACAAGCCACCUCCGAAUAUCCAAGACUCUCUGGGGGAGGCAUAAAAGCCCAUCGCUGGAGCCAGAGUCGGAGCCAGAGGCUUCAGAGCCUAAGCCAGAGCCGGAGACCCCUACACCACAGAUCCCCGAAGCCCCCACACCUGAUGUGCCCGUCUGGAACAUUGGGGCUUUCACCCUACUUGAUGGGAGGCUGGUGCUGCUCGGGAGUGAGGAGGAGGGUCCUCAUCAGUCCCGGAUGGGGAGCGCUAGCUCUGAGAGCAGCAUCCAUGCGACCAUGGGGAACCUCAAGGAUCCAGAUCGGAUCCCUGGAAAGACUGAGCCAGAGGCUGCUGGCCCCAACCAGGUCCACAAUGUUCGGGGGUUGCUCAAACGGCUGAAAGAAAAGAAAAAAGCCAAGUCGGAGCUGGGAGCCAGUGCCUCUCGGGAUGGACCCCCCAGUGCUCUGGGCUCUCGGGAAUCGCUGGCCACACUCUCGGAGCUGGACCUGGGCUCCGAGCGAGAUGUGAGGGUAUGGCCACUGCACCCCAGCCUCCUGGAGGAGCCCCACUGCUUCCAGGUAACUUGGGCAGGCGGGAGACGCUGCUUCUCCUGUCGCUCGGCCGCUGAGAGAGACCGCUGGAUCGAGGACCUUCGUCGCCACUUCCAACCCAGCCAAGACAACGUGGAGCGGGAAGAGACGUGGCUGAGCGUGUGGGUGCACGAGGCGAAGGGGCUGCCCCGGGCGGCCGUGGGGGCGCCAGGAGUGCGCGCGGAACUGUGGCUGGACGGCUCGCUGUUGGCGCGCACUGCGCCCCGAGCUGGCCCAGACCCGCUCUUCUGGGCGGAACGCUUCCACUUCGAGGCGCUGCCGCCCGCGCGUCGCGUGUCGUUGCGGCUGCGCCGAGCUGGCCCGGGGGGCGCAGCGCUCGGCCGCGCUACACUGGCGCUGGAGGAGCUGGGCGCCCCCCGCGCGCCCGCCGCCGGCCUGGAGCGCUGGUUUCCGCUGCUUGGGGCGCCAGCCCGCGCGGCGCUGCGGGCUCGAAUCCGGGCGCGGCGCCUGCGCGUGCUGCCGUCCGAGCGCUACAAGGAGCUGGCCGAGUUCCUCACUUUCCACUACGCGCGCCUCUGCGGGGCGCUGGAGCCCGCUCUGUCCGCGCAGUCCAAGGAGGAGCUGGCGGCUGCCAUGGUGCGCGUGCUGCGGUCCACCGGCCGGGCGCAGGCACUGGUGACAGACCUGGGCACCGCGGAACUGGCACGCAGUGGAGGCCGUGAAGCGCUGCUGUUCCGGGAAAACACAUUGGCCACCAAAGCCAUCGAUGAGUACAUGAAGCUGGUGGCACAGGACUACCUCCAAGAGACGCUCGGGCAGGUCGUGCGGCGUCUCUGUGCCUCCACUGAGGACUAUGAAGUGGACCCCAGCAAGUGCCCGGCCUCAGAGCUGCCCCUGCACCAAGCCAGACUGCAAAACAGCUGCGAGGAGGUCUUCCAGAACAUCAUCAACUCCUAUGACUGGUUUCCUGCGGAGCUAGGCACUGUGUUCUCAGGCUGGCGGGAAGCAUGCAAGGCACGUGGCUCUGAUGCGCUGGGCCCCCGCCUGGUGUGUGCCUCUCUCUUUCUGCGGCUCCUGUGUCCUGCCAUCCUGGCACCCAGCCUCUUUGGCCUGGCACCAGAGCACCCAGCCCCUGGCCCAGCCCGCGCCCUCACACUGAUCGCCAAGGUCAUCCAGAACCUCGCUAACUGUGCACCGUUUGGUGAGAAGGAGGCCUACAUGGACUUCAUGAAUUGCUUCCUGGAGGAUCAUGGACCUGCCAUGCAACACUUCCUGGACCAAGUGGCCACGGUGGAUGUGGAUGCAGCACCCAGUAGUUACCAGGGCAGCAGUGACCUGGCCCUCCAGCUGGCGGUACUGCAUGCCCAACUCUGUACCAUCUUUGCUGAACUUGACCAGGUAACCCGUGACAGCCUGGAACCGCUGCCCACCAUUCUGCAGGCCAUAGAGGAGGGCCGGCCUGUACCUGUAUCUGUGCCAAUGCGUCUCCCACCACCCCCAGCCCAGGUCCACUCCAGCUUUUCCGCAGGGGAAAAGCCCGGCUUUCUGCCUCCUCGAGACCUCCCCAAGCACACCCCUCUCAUCUCCAAGAGCCAGUCCCUGCGCAGCGUUCACGGUGCAGGCAGUUGGAUCCGGCAGAGGCCAGAGGAGGAGAGGCCCCUACGGCUGCCCCGGCUGGUGCAGCGCACGCAGAGCGUACCAGCUGGCCGUCCUGCUCGCCGCCGCCCAUCUGUAGGACCUCGACCGCGACCCAAAAGCUCCCUACGGACCGGCCCCGCACAGCACAGCCGACCCUGGACCAGGGCCUCAGCCUCGCUGCCUCGGAAGCCAUCAGUACCCUGGCAACGCCAGCUUGACCAGCCGCAGGACACAGACCAGGCGCUGGGUACACACCGACCGGUCGGGAAGCUGGCAGCACUGCAAUGCGAGGUGGCCGCUUUGCGCAAGGAACAGAAGGUGCUGUCUGGCCUCGUGGAGUCGCUGAGCACCCACAUCCGGGCCUUGAUGGAGCAGCAGCAGCAGCUUCGCGGCCAGCUGGAGGAAUUGGACUCCAGGCUCGGUGGAGGGACCUCGCAACUCGAUCCAGAGCGCGACCCUCCAAGCAGUGAGGCCCACAGGCUGAAAAGUCUGGAGCGCCGCCUGGCUGAGAUGGAGAGUUCUCAAGCCCAGCUAAAGGAUGCCAUACAGAGCCUGCCGCUCCUUCCAACGAUGCCGGUGUCCCGGAGCCAGCCCCUGCCCCUCAAAGCACCCUCUGUCAACGGAGACACCACCUGAGCUGCCUACUCCGCCCCCACGUGGUCUGGGAGUAAAGAAAUAGUCAUAUUAGGGGCCCAUCCGAUCCCUGCCUCAGCCCUAUAUGGCCUUCAGUGGGGAGUGGAGCUGUAGGUGCCAAGCAGUCUGGCACUGUGAGGUUACCCAGUAAAAUCUUGA